UCGUUGUGCUCCUUUAAAAGAUAGGCUCUUCUUUCAGUUUCCUGUUCAGCGUCACAAGGGCUUAUCUGCUCCUUUCGGGUUUAGUGGGAAAGGCAUGGUGUUUUGGUUUCAGUCACAGGGCAGAGUCCCGGUUUGAGGGCUGUGAGCUGAGCCCAGGAAUGUAACAGCGUAUUCUCUGAAGUAUGAGAGAGUGUCUCAAGUGAAGUCACCAGCAGUGAGGGGGAAUUCAGUGAAAGCCUCUGGAGGUUUGGAGGCUGUGUUGUCAAAUUUAUUGGGAAGCUGAUCACGUCAGUAGCGGACAGAGCGCCGCACUUACAGCGGAGGAAACAUCCUAUCCACAUCCAACCUGUCAAGAUUCCUAAGGAUCUUGUUUCAAUCAAGUUGCAGUUUGUUUGUUUCUGUUUGCUUCAGUAGAUCUAAGCCUCGCCUGUCCAACUUUUGGCAUAAGACAGCCUGUUCAUUCCAGGUACAUAGGCAAACAGAAAUGGGGAACUAUGGCAGUCAUUCUCUUGGGAUUCCUCCUGGGAAAGGACCAAAUCUUGUCGGAUGUAUUGAUUUGAUGGAUGGUCAUACAAUUCAGGGAAAUUUCUUACGCUUGUACUACCCAUGUGAACAGAGUGAGAAGCAACAAGAACCACUGUGGAUUCCUAAUCGUGAAUAUUACUAUGGGCUGGCUGAUUUUCUUAAACGUAGCAGAAGAUUUGUUGACUAUAUUUUAAGUCAUUUGUAUGGGUCAUACAGCAUUCCUGCAGAAUGGAAUGCUCCAUUUAAAACUGGAAGAUAUCCUUCAGUCGUUUUCUCUCAUGGCCUUGGAGCUUUCAGGACUCUGUAUUCAGCUAUAUGCAUUGAACUGGCUUCACGAGGAUUUGUAGUUGCUGCAGUGGAACACAGGGAUGGGUCAGCUUCAGCCACCUACUACUUUGAAGAGAAAUCUAAAACAGUCAAUGAAGUAGGAGAAUCAAUCUCGGCCAGCAGUCCUGCACUUCCUUUGGAUCAGUUGCAGAGGAAAUGGCUUUACUAUAAGCCUCUUGAAGAGGGAGAACAAGAAUUCCCACUACGGAAUGACCAGGUACAUCAGAGAGCGGAAGAGUGUAUCAAGGCCUUAAAUCUGCUUACUGAUAUAAACAUGGGAAAACCAGUCAAUAAUAUAGUUCCAGUGAAUUUUGAUUUCACUAAAAUGAAGGAUUCUCUGGAUCUGCACAAAGUAGCUAUCAUGGGUCACUCAUUUGGUGGAGCCACAGUUAUUGAUUCACUCAGCAAAGAUGUUCGGUUUGGAUGUGGAGUGGCAUUAGAUGCAUGGAUGUUCCCACUGGAGGAUGAGGUGUAUACAAAGGUACAGAAGCCAAUACUGUUCAUCAACUCCGAAAAAUUCCAAUGGGUUACUAAUAUCCUGAAAAUGAAAAAACUUGAUUCAGUUGAAAUACAGCGAAAAAUGAUUACAAUCAUAGGAACAGUACAUCAGAGCUUCCCUGAUUUUACAUUUUUGACUGGCUCUUUCCUUGGAAAGAUUUUUCAAUUAAAAGGAACAAUAGAUCCCCUAACAGCGAUUGAUAUUAGCAACAAAGCUUCUUUAGCAUUCAUGCAAAGACACUUGGGUCUUGAGAGAGAUUUUGAUCAAUGGGACCCCCUUAUUGAUGGGCAAGGAGAACACAUUAUACCAGGCACAAAUAUUCAUUUGCCUUUAUCGACCUCUGAACCCCAGCAAUGACUUUUGAAUUCUGAAUCCAAACUAUGAAUGUUGAGUGUACUGCAGUAAAAUAAAAAUCAGUGUGAAUGGAUUUAUCUGCACUGAACACUCGCAUUGUGCUAAACAUUUGCCUUAUAAGAUUGUUAGAAUUCGAGUUUAAGAAAUGUGUCCUAAGCCAUAAAAUACAAUUUUUACCUCUGUUCUUUUGGAUAUAGAUCCAUGCAUCUUUUGGAUGAAUUAGUAUAACUUCAAGUACAAAUCUAUAUUCCUUGCAGGACUCAAACAGCAGGCUCCAAGUUGGAGUAACCCUUAUUGGUUGUAUCUAUUUUAAAAUUGCACUGUAUUAUACAGAGUUUUUAAGGAUUUCGAUUAUUGCAUUCAGUUUGAAAUUACACUAUUUAAAGCUAUGAUGCACCAUUAAUUGGCUUGCAUGUUUUCCUAAACCUACCAUUAUGGUGAAGCUUAAAGUUCAUCUGUGAUUAGAACUCAUUAAGAAAAAAUUCUUAAAACCAGAAUUAAUAUAUAACUUAAGAUUUUGGAAACAUAAAUUAUUAUUUUGUGAAGAUUUUUCUUGACUUGUUUGUCUACUAAAAUUCAUUUUGAAUUGUUUACAUCUUUUAUGUCUUUUUGCUGCUCUUAAUGAAAUUUUUUAAUCAAGGCCAACUCCUUCCAAGCACAUUUGUGGCACUUUUGUAACUGCUGUUGACUGUUGAACACCAACCAACCUCUUUGUAACAAAAUUAAAACAAAAGAACUGUGGAUGCUGGAAAUCAGAAACCAAAAGCAGAAAUGGCUGGCCAAUCUCAGCAGGUCUGUCAGCAUCUGUGGA